AUGGCGCGACCUCGAGGAGCGCCAGCGAGCGCAAACGACACCGACGCGUCAAUGCAGAAUGCCUCUGAUGACGGAAGGAACGGAAAUGACUCUAUGGAGGUCGACGAGACUCCAGACUACACAGACUCCGAAGACCCAAAUACGACGGCCAGCAGCGUGAUGGGUGAGCCGACAACAGAUGGGAGGAGGCGACGUGCCGAGGCAAACCAACUGCGACGAAGCAUAUUUGGCAAGAAGCAUGACAAACUAGGCGAAUCACAGGAAGACGACUCUCUCCGUCGAUUCCGCUACCUAUUGGGCCUCACGGACCUGUUCCGCCACUUCAUCGAGACGAACCCCAACCCCAAGAUCAAGGGAAUUAUGGAGGAAAUCGACCGUCAGAACGCGGAAGAGCAAAAGGCAAAGAAGGGUGCCCGGCGCCAAGGCGGGGCUGGGGCUGAGAGGCGCCGCCGAACCGAAGCCGAAGAGGACGCCGAGCUGCUCAAGGAUGAAAAGCACGGCGGGUCUGCCGAGACAGUCUUUCGCGAGUCACCACCCUUUGUCAAGGGCGAAAUGCGAGAUUACCAGGUUGCUGGUCUGAACUGGCUCAUAUCCCUCCACGAAAAUGGUAUCUCCGGCAUCCUCGCAGAUGAAAUGGGCCUGGGCAAGACUUUGCAGACGAUUUCGUUCCUUGGCUACCUGCGGCACAUCAUGGGAAUCACUGGCCCACAUCUGAUCACUGUUCCAAAGUCCACCCUGGACAACUGGAAGCGAGAGUUUACCAGGUGGACUCCUGAGGUGAAUGUUCUGGUUCUACAAGGCGCCAAGGAGGAACGACAGCAGCUCAUAGCGGAUCGCCUCGAGAGCGAGGACUUUGAUGUUUGCAUCACGAGUUACGAGAUGAUCUUGCGCGAGAAGUCGCACCUGAAGAAAUUCGCCUGGGAGUACAUCAUCAUAGAUGAGGCCCAUCGCAUCAAGAACGAAGAGUCCUCCCUUGCCCAAGUCAUCCGGCUUUUCAACUCCCGGAACCGUCUGCUCAUCACCGGAACGCCUCUUCAGAACAAUCUUCAUGAGCUCUGGGCGCUGCUCAACUUCCUCCUUCCUGACGUCUUUGGUGAUUCCGACGCCUUCGAUCAAUGGUUUUCCGCGCAGGACCGGGACCAGGACACCGUCGUCCAACAGCUGCACCGUGUUCUGCGGCCAUUCUUGUUGCGACGUGUCAAGGCCGACGUUGAGAAGAGCCUGCUUCCCAAGAAGGAGGUCAACCUUUAUGUUGGCAUGGCUGAUAUGCAGGUCAAGUGGUACCAGAAGAUCCUCGAAAAGGAUAUCGAUGCUGUGAAUGGAGCUGGAGGCAAGAAAGAAUCCAAGACGCGUCUCCUGAAUAUCGUCAUGCAGCUCCGAAAGUGCUGCAACCAUCCUUAUCUCUUCGAGGGCGCCGAACCCGGCCCGCCUUACACCACGGACGAGCACCUCGUGUACAAUGCUGGAAAGAUGUUGGUAUUGGACAAGCUUCUGAAGCGGAUGCAAGCUCAGGGCAGUCGUGUUCUGAUCUUCUCCCAAAUGAGCCGACUUUUGGAUAUUCUCGAGGACUACUGCGUAUUCCGAGAGUACAAGUACUGCCGUAUCGACGGCAGCACGGCCCACGAGGACCGCAUUGCUGCCAUUGACGACUACAACAAGCCUGAUUCUGAGAAGUUCGUCUUUCUUUUGACCACUCGUGCAGGAGGUCUGGGAAUUAAUUUGACGAGUGCCGAUAUUGUGGUGCUUUACGACAGCGACUGGAACCCCCAGGCUGAUUUGCAGGCCAUGGACCGAGCCCAUCGUAUCGGACAGACCAAGCAGGUUGUGGUCUACAGAUUUGUGACCGAUAAUGCGAUCGAGGAGAAGGUUCUUGAACGUGCUGCGCAGAAGUUGCGUCUUGAUCAGCUGGUCAUCCAGCAGGGACGUGCCCAAAUCGCAGCAAAGGCGGCGGCCAACAAGGAUGAACUGCUAUCAAUGAUCCAGCACGGUGCCGAGAACAUCUUCCAGGCCAAGAAGACGGGCGCCGCUCAGGCCGACGCAGCCGCUGGCGACACUGACGUCGACAUCGACGCCAUUCUAUCUGCUGGUGAAGACAGGACCAAGCAACUCAAUGCAAAGUACGAAAAGCUUGGCCUCGACGAUCUACAGAAGUUCACUUCAGAGUCUGCUUACGAGUGGAAUGGGAAGGACUUCACCAGCACGAAGAAGGAAAUCGGCAUCAACUGGAUCAACCCGGCGAAGCGAGAGCGCAAGGAGCAGAUCUACUCGAUAGAUAAGUACUACAAGCAGGCACUGCAAACUGGCGGUCGCACUGCGGACACCAAGCCCAAGGCACCCCGCGCCCCGAGGCAAAUAUCGAUUCAGGACUAUCAAUUCUAUCCCGAAAGGUUGAAGGAGUUGCAGGACCGCGAGACAGCCUUCUACCGUAAGGAGAUCGGCUACAAGGUUCCUCUGGCCGACGGCGAUGAGGACAACCUCGCCGAGCGUGAAGCCGAUCGAGAGGCGGAGCAGCGCAUUAUUGACGAAGCCGUGCCUUUGACCGAGGAAGAGCAAGCAGAGAAGGCAGAGUUGGCUAAGAGCGGUUUCGAGGAGUGGAACCGUCGUGAUUUUCAACAAUUCAUCAACGGCUCGAACUUGUAUGGGCGCAACAACUACGAGGGAAUCGCCACGCACUGUCAGAACAAGAAUGCUGCCGAGAUCAAGCAGUAUGCGAAGGUGUUCUGGCAGCGGUAUGAGGAGAUUGCGGAUUGGCAGAAGCACCUCAAACAUAUCGAAGAGGGUGAGGAGAAGCUGCGCAAGAUCGAGCACCAGCGCAAGAUGCUGCGCAAGAAGAUGUCCAUGUACCGCGUACCUCUUCAGCAGCUGAAGAUCAACUACUCGGUCAGUACCACGAACAAGAAGGUGUACAGCGAGGAGGAAGACCGUUUCCUGCUGGUCCAGCUUGACAAGCAUGGAGUCGACUCUGAGGGCAUCUACGAAAAGAUCCGGGACGAAAUCCGGGACAGUCCACUGUUCCGGUUCGAUUGGUUUUUCCUCAGCCGAACAUCACAAGAACUUGGGCGUCGUUGCAACACACUCCUCGCAACGAUCGUCAAGGAGUUCGAGGAUGUGCAGCCCAGCCACAAGGGCUCGAAUGGCGUCAACGGCAAGCAAAAGAGAGAGGUGGAAGACGAGGAGAACGAUGACGAUAGCGUCCUGGGCAUGGCCCCUGCGAAGAAGAAGUCAAAGACAAACGGUGUCAAGGCAAGUCCAAACAAGGCAUUGGACAACGUGAAGUCCAAGGCUAACUCCGCGGCACCAUCUCGUGCGUCCAGUGUUGCUUCUACCAAUUCGAACGCUGCUUCAAAGGGCAAGUCCAAGGGCAAGAAGAAGUAA